CUUCCGUGACCCGGAAGUACUUUUUUGUGUCGCUGAUAAGACGCUGUUAUCGUGCAUGGUGUUUGGCGCAAAUUCACAUCAAAUAUAUGUUAACGAAAAUAGGUCGAACUUUGAACGGUGGGCCAUGGAUGAUCUAGAGUCAGAACUGAGGGUGCCCGGUGAAGAACAGGGCGAAAAUGAGUCUUCAGAUGACGAUGAAUCAAUCAACAGAAAACGAAUCAGGAAGCCAAACCUUCCCCUGGCGCCUCCUUUAUUUAAAGAGACACCCCAUGAGACUGGCUUUCACAAGACCACAAGGAACUGCCUCCAGCACAUCAGGGAGGUCUUGCUGCACCAUAGAUGGCAGGAUGCCGCAGAGUACAUGGCCAGUUACUCACAGACACUGGAGGAUACCACCGCAAACAUGCCACAACUCUACGCUGAGAUAAUUUGGAGGAUAGGCACAGAGAUACUACACCACCAUCCCGACUCGAAGCUGGAAGACUACAACAGUUUCUAUGAGCGAGUGAAACACUCAGGAGUAAAGCAUUACCUGAAGGUCUGUCUGGAGCAUUCGUUCCAUCUCCUGGUCAAUGGGCAGUUUGAGGAUGCCAAGCUUCAGCUGUCCAUCGCUGAGAGCUGGAGGUAUGGCAAGCAGUCAGCCGGUCAGUCCCAGAGGAUUAGGCUGAUCCAGGCCUAUAGUGGCUUCCUGGAUUACUUCAUCUGGUGUGACAAGAAAGCCACUGCAUCCAGCACAGAUGAGUAUGAUGCAGCUGUCAACCAAGAAAUGCAUAGCUACUUCCGACAAUCUUCUGUGAACCUGAAGGAGAUCAUGAAGCUUCCUGGCGUCUGGGAUCCUUUUGUUCUGAGUUACAUUGAUAUGCUGGAAUUCUACAACGAUCACGAGGGAGCUGUGAAGGUUCUAAAUGACUAUGCCUAUGACAACAGUUUCCCACCCAACCCCAAUGCCCAUGUCUACCUAUACCGGUACAUGAAGAAACAGAACCACCCACUGAAGAAACUUCUCAAAGUGCUGAAGAUCCUGCAUACAUUGGUCCCAAGUCAUGAGUUGAUGCCGGAAUACUGUUCUCUUCUGGUACAGUCGGAGAAUGAGGGUGAUCUUCAGAAGGCUCUAGGUGUGGUUCUGGAUCUCCUGGACUACUCCAGUUGGAGGAGCAACUUGGAUGUCUGGAACCAUUUGAUGAACAUCAUCAAGAGACUGAGGAUGAAAAAACAAUGGCUGAAGAUUUUUGCAGAGGAGAUGGGGUACAGAAAGGACUGGUGGUUAGCAAUACACUUCUCAACAUUCCAGGCCAGGAAAGAUUCGGCAGAGAAUAGAGAACUACUGGAAGUGAAGAGCUUUGUGGUUGGAGACUUUUGUCCUCACUAUGCCUCCAUGUACUGCGGUGCUGGUAAGGCAGCCCGAAAAGGAGUAACUUCUGAGGCUCGAAAGGCUAAGAGGAAUCCUAAACCGCUAAGAAAUAUAAGAAGGCUCAGAAGAGAAAGGGGACAGCAAAGCCAAGACUGACCUUGAGGAAGCUCCUGGAAUGCCACCAGGCACAGUGGCGAGAACAAACAUUUAGAAAAUUUGUGAAGAGCUUCAACCAUUGCCAAGAUCGGCAGGCAUGACCACCUCAUAGUCAUCAGGUCAGACUCUCUCCCCUUCCAUGACAGUUGUUCCAACUACAUUAUUUUUCUUGUCUAGAAUGUUCUUGGUUAUCUGCAUACAGUAGUUGCAGCCACGAUGACCAUUCCCACCUACAAAAGGCAGGCCUCUCUCAUUGCACUGCAAUGUAUUAUGCGUCAAAUUCUGUGAUUGUCCACCAGGGAGCACUCAAGCUAUGGCUACGUUUUUGAGUUGCUCUGCAUGCUGCUGCUCUGUCGUUUUUAAAAGAAGCUGAGGCAGAAAUUGAAGCAUGUGUUCACUGUGGUAGUUGGUCGGGAAUAGGGAGGUUGGGUGUGCUGCAGUAUUAAGUCUAGGAGGUAAUAAGCUCUGAGGCAGGUGUGGCCUCAACUGAACUUCCGCUGAUUCAUGGAUAACCCAGCUGCAUUUAGGUGGAGGCGACGUGUUGGAAUUACUAAAACAUUUGGCGACGCCAAAGAGCAGCAUCAUGGCAACCGACGCAAAGGAUAGUGCAGCGAUACAGAGGGGGGGAAAAAAUGAGAAUUUUUGUAACUUGCUGUUGAGAUUCUUCAGUCACGUUCACGUGACACGACAGACACCCUUGAUAAAACUCUGCCUUCGCUCUGGAGUCCUCUGUCUCUGUGUGAUGACAUCACAUGAGUGAUAUCCCCCUUGGGUCCCUGAGGUAAAAUAGAGGGAGAGCACACACACCCUUGGCUCCUUCCACACCUAUCCAUCACACACACACAGGCGGAACGCAAAUCUGAUUACUUUACACCCCUCCAGCCUCUUGAUGCAGGAUAACAGAGCUCAAUUUCACAGGCCAAGGGUUCGCAGGCUGCCAGGGAACAGUGGGCCCAGCUUUAUCAUGAUUAAGGACUACUCAUGUUUAUCAGAACCUGUGAAGCCUUCUGUUCCUGAACAACUAACUGUGGUUUAUGGCCAGUACUAUGUACUGUCAGGAAGUUACAUGAUCAAAUACUCUGCACUGUAAAGUGAAUGACUUGGUUGUUUCAAUUUGAGCUGUUGUACCUGAUUCAGUUUUGUAGUCUCUGUGGUAUGGUGAUUGUGGCUGCUAUAUUUUGUACCAUUUGUUACUGAUUAAACACUGUUGAUUGGGUGGCUGAAUUAA